UAGAUCGCAGGUAAGUUGCUUUAAUAUUUGUUUUCAAAUCCUUUGGUUUUCGCUCACGAUUUCCUCAGCCGCUCACGCACAUUAGCUGUUUUCUCUAUAUCACGUCGAACUUAUAGACACGCGUCUGUUCGCUUGUGUUCUAGGUACCAUGGACCAACUUUGCAUUCGGUGAAAUUAAACAGACAUCUUUACUCUUGUCACGGCCCGUGAACAGGAAUCCUAAAGUCGCCAUGAGCAAGUUCGACAAGAUGCCCUUGCCCUAUGACGUAUUGGAAAAACGUAUCAAAAUAGUCGAUAAGAGAAUUGGAAAGCCAUUGUCUUUGGCGGAAAAAAUACUAUUUUCCCAUUUGGAUGAUCCAGUUAAUCAAGAUAUUGAACGUGGUGUAUCCUACUUAAAAUUAAGACCGGAUCGCGUAGCUAUGCAAGACGCAACUGCCCAAAUGGCUAUGUUGCAAUUUAUAUCAUCAGGUUUACCUAAAGUCGCUGUACCAUCCACUAUUCACUGCGAUCACUUAAUUGAAGCUCAAGUUGGUGGAGUGGAAGAUUUAAAACGGGCAAAAGAUUUAAAUAAAGAAGUAUACGACUUUUUGAAAACCGCCAGUGCCAAAUAUGGAGUUGGAUUUUGGCAUCCUGGCUCAGGAAUCAUCCAUCAAAUUGUUCUUGAAAAUUAUGCGUUCCCUGGCUUAUUAAUGAUUGGCACUGACUCCCACACACCGAAUGGUGGUGGUCUUGGUGGUUUGUGUAUUGGAGUCGGUGGCGCAGAUGCUGUCGACGUCAUGGCCGACAUACCAUGGGAAUUAAAAUGCCCAAAAGUUAUUGGUGUUCAUUUGUCUGGAAAAAUGACGGGCUGGACUACACCAAAAGAUGUUAUUUUAAAAGUUGCGGAUAUUUUAACAGUUUCUGGUGGCACUGGUGCUAUAAUUGAGUAUCAUGGACCUGGAAUAGAUAAUAUUUCAUGCACAGGUAUGGGUACAAUAUGUAAUAUGGGAGCUGAAAUCGGUGCAACAACAUCAUUGUUCCCGUUCAAUCAUCGUAUGGCCGAUUAUUUAAAAGCUACCUCACGUGCAGAUAUUGCCGAAGAAGCUGCUAAGUACAGCAAAACAUUAUUAACCCCUGAUCCAGGCUGUCAUUAUGAUCAAUUAGUUGAAAUUGAUUUGACGACAUUAGAACCACAUGUCAACGGUCCCUUCACACCUGAUCUUGCGCACCCUAUAUCUAAACUUGGUAAUAAUGCCAAAACAAAUGAUUGGCCCAAUGAAAUUAAAGUUGGACUUAUUGGAAGUUGUACAAAUUCAAGUUAUGAAGAUAUGGCAAGAUGUGCCACCAUUGCCAAAGAAGCCUUGGCUCAUGGUCGUAAAUCAAAAAUUCCAUUUAAUGUUACACCUGGAUCAGAACAGAUCAGGGCAACUAUUGAAAGAGAUGGAAUCGCACAAAUUUUAAGAGACUUUGGCGGUACAGUCUUAGCUAAUGCUUGCGGUCCAUGCAUUGGUCAAUGGGACCGUAAAGAUGUAAAAAAAGGAGAAAAAAAUACCAUUGUUAGUUCAUAUAAUCGAAAUUUCACUGGUCGAAACGAUGCUAAUGCAGCAACACAUGCUUUUGUCACUUCUCCUGAGCUUGUUACUGCUUUAGCUAUUGAAGCACGUCUAAACUUCAAUCCAGUAACUGAUUCGAUUAAAGGAGCUGAUGGUAAAAAUUUUAAAUUAAGUAAUCCAUUUGGCGAUGAAUUGCCGUCCAAAGGUUUUGACCCUGGCCAUGAUACAUAUCAAGCUCCACCUUCUGAUGGAUCAAAAAUUAAUGUAAAAGUUGAUCCAACAUCAAAUCGCUUGCAAUUAUUGGAGCCGUUUAAAGCUUGGGACCAUAAAGAUAUGGAAAAUCUAACUAUUCUUAUUAAAGUUAAAGGAAAAUGUACAACUGAUCACAUUUCCGCUGCUGGUCCAUGGUUAAAGUACAGAGGUCAUUUAGACAAUAUUUCAAACAACAUGUUCAUUACGGCAACCAAUGCAGAAAAUAACGAAAUGAACAUGGUUGUGAAUCAAAUAACCGGAGAAUGUGGUUCUGUACCAGACACAGCUAGGUACUAUAAAUCGAAAAACAUGUCAUGGGUAGUGUUCGGCGAUGAAAACUACGGCGAGGGUAGUAGUCGGGAACACGCUGCUCUAGAACCUCGGCAUUUGGGUGGACGUGCAAUAAUUGUUAAAUCUUUUGCACGUAUCCACGAGACAAAUUUGAAGAAGCAAGGGUUGCUAGCUUUAACCUUUGCCAAUGCCACUGAUUAUGAUAAAGUUCAACCCACCGACCUAGUAUCCAUAGUUGGAUUGAACGAAUUUUCGCCGGGAAAGCCUUUGAGAUGUACCUUAUGUCAUAUUGAUGGACAAGCAGACGAAAUCAUGUUAAACCAUACAUUUAAUGAACAACAAAUCGAAUGGUUUAAAGCCGGUAGUGCGUUAAAUCGCAUGAAGGAAGUUGCUUCAAGACAGAGUAGUAAUAAUUCUUCUCCUUCUUUCUUCGGGGCCAUUAGAGAUUUUGUCAACAAAGUACUUUUUUAAAUGUGCCUGUGAUUAUAUUAAUGUAUAAUCCAGUGUUGGCCGGGUAUUUAAAGUACCCUUGAGGUUUUUUUUCAUAUGAACCUGCAAAUACAGGGUGCGGAAGUCAAAUCCAACGAUUUGAAAAAAUAAAAAAAUAGAAAAAAAAUUUUUUUAUUAAUUUUUCACCGAACAAAUA